AUGGACACGCACAAGGCCGCAGUUUUGACAUCACCCCAGAGAACGGACGAAAUCCCCACGUUCUCAGUGCGCGACGAACCGCGUCCUGUUCCGGGCGCCAACGAAGUCCUCGUACGCCUUUCCGCUACAGGGCUUUGCGGAUCCGACUUGGGAAUGGCGAUGGGCCAUUUCGGGCCGGUUGGAAAUAUCCUUGGACACGAGGGCGUUGGCCGCAUCGCAGCAUUGGGUUCCAACGUCGCCGCUCUCGAUCAAUCGGUCCAGGUUGGACAGCGAGUCGGGGUGGCUUGGACUCGCGAUAUCUGCAGCACAUGCGAGACCUGCGUCGAUCUCGUCAACGAGGGCGAAACACGAUGUGAAAAAUCACUCCACUCUGGCAAAGCUUACGACGGGACAUUCGCCCAGUACACACUCGUUCCUCUCCGUUACUUAGCCCGGCUUCCGUCGCAGUUUGAUGGGUUGCCCGACGAAGAGAUUGCUCCGAUCUUGUGUGGUGGCGUAACCGCAUACAAGGCCAUCAAGGGGUGCAACGUCACCCCAGGUCAAUGGUUUGCUGUCUCAGGAGCGGGUGGCGGUGUCGGAUCCCUGGCGGUAGCUUACGCCCACGCCAUGGGCUAUCGUGUGAUUGCUGUUGACGCCGGCCCUGAAAAGGGCGAGAUUUGCAAAGCCCAGGGAGCUGAACAUUACAUCGAUGUCGCUACAUCAGGCACUUUGGGUGAGAAAAUAAGGCAAGCGACGGGAGGAUAUGGUGCAAAGGCGGUGGUUGUCACGGCUACGGCAACAGCCGCAUAUCAGGAGGCAUACGAAUUACUGGCUCCCUUUGGUACGCUGAUGUGCGUGGGUAUCCUGUCAGCUGAGGCUAGGGUCACAUUCAACCCUCUCUGGCUCAUCGCCAAGGGAUGGAAGAUACUGAGCUCAUCUGUUGGGACCCGAGCGGAUGUACUUGAGGCGUUGGAGUUCGUGAGGCGCCGUGCUGUAGUACCAAAAGUGCAAGUGGGAAGGCUUGAAGACAUUCAGGACCUGGUUCAGGCCAUGUACGCAGGUCAGCUUAAAGGUAAGUGGGUUCUAAAGCUGGAUUAG